AUGUCUUCAUCAGUACAAGAACGUUUGGAGAUACUCAAGAAAAAGAAAGUACAGUGUCAGGAAGCACUUAAUAAGCAACUUGCUCUAGAACAAAAGAUCCAAAGGACCAAAACACAGGCAUUCGAAGAUGAGGCUAUACAUAUAGACGAAGAAAACGAAAUGGAUACACUAGAUUGGACAGCAAGUCAAUGGGAAGCACAUGAGCAAAAGUACAAGAAACAAGAAGGUGGAUACAAAGACCUUACAGAUUUGGCAUACUCUACCUACCAGAAGGCCACGCGAAAGAGAGCCGUGGAUAUGGAGAAGUAUAAGAAUGAGAAUCAUCUAUCACCCUUUGAGGUGAAACUGACCAAAGAGGAUGUGGAAAACCUUUCAAAGUCAUUGCAAGAGGCAAGUGAAAUCAAGAAGAAGCGAAGACGAAAAGAAGAGGACGCGGGCACGUACAUAACUGAGAAAAACCGCCAAUUCAAUAUGAAGUUGGAACGUGAGUAUGGCAGUUGA